AUGCCCCUCGUACCGCCCCAGGCCAUCCCGACCUUCUUGCGGUCCCUCUCCUCCUCGCUUCCCUCGUCCUCCCCACAAUCCGCAACGGCCCUUGUCUCGCUCCUCGCCGCCACCAGCCUUGGUCACGGUCAGACGUGGCUGCCACACUGCCUCAAGCUCGCCCUCGACCCCCACCCGAGACUCGCACCCGGCGUCGCCGUCCCUCCAGAACCUGUCGACCACCCGCUCCUCGACCUCGACCUUCACCCUCGGCGGUUCCUCGUCGCGCAGCUCAAGGAGGCCCUCGUCAAGUCGGCCUCGCUCAUCGGCGUCCCACGCGUCAUCUGCGCCCUCAUCGACCUCGAGGGCGCCCUCGAGGACCCGCGCGACCUGAGCAAGGCGUUUGUGCGGCGAGGACUUGAGGAGGGCACGGUUGCUGAGCGGCGUCAGGCGGGUCGGCGAGGGCUGCGGAGCGUGUAUCGGAGCGAGCUGGACGGCAUCUUCGACCUUAUGCACGAGCGAGGGCUCGACGACUUGCGCUAUCUUUCCGAAACGACUACAUACGGCACCUUCCUCACGCCGCACGCCGCUCCCGUACCUCGCCGCGACGCGUCAACACCCCCCUCGCCGGAUCCGCUCGCCCACGACCCUCGCCUCCUCUCGCUCGUCACCCUCGCGUGCCUCGUCCCGCAGCGAUCGGCUCGCGAGCUCCACUGGCACCUGCGCGGCGCGAUCAGGCGCGGCUGGACCCGCGACGAGGUCGAGCAGGUGCAGGGCGCCGUCGAGCAGGCGUGCGAGGCGUGCGGCGUCGACGGCGUCGGCGAGGGCAUGCCUCGAGUGCGAGACGUUGAGGUCCAGGACGAGGAGCGUCUUUGAGCGGCAUGGCGGGUCGAGGCGGGGCUCGCGCUGUUGAGAAGGAGGCGAGGUCGGCGGCCACGAGGCCGGGCGAGGGCCGUGCGCUUCUCUCGGUCCUGCCGCAAUGAAGACCUCUCGGCAGC